AUGGAUUUACCGGAGCUGUGGGCAAUCUUCGGUCCUGGAAUCGCUGGCGCGGUAUUUGGCGCAGGAUGGUGGUUUUGGAUCGACGCCGUCGUUUGUAGUUCUGUUAAAGUCUCCUUCGUUCAUUACCUCCCUGGCAUAUUUGCAUCUAUUGCAGCUCUGAUGUUUAAUUGCGUUAGAAAAGAGGAUAUUGAUUACUCUCCUUACGAGGAAGGCGAGUGGAGAUUGAAGCUUUGGCUUUUCUUGGCAUAUGUUGUCUCUUUUGUCUCUUUAGCAGCAUCAGUGGGCUUAUUAAUACAAGAUUCAAUUGUCAAAACUGGGCCUUCAGUGUGGACAGGAACUGCUGGCGUCUUGCAGUGUGUGUUUGUGCUGAUCAGUGGGCUAAUUUAUUGGACUUCACAUUCCGAAUGA